AUGACCAAGACACUAUCUUUAGGGUCGCGCCUGCGCUACCCCAUCACGAUCACCAAGCUUCUUAAGUCGCCUGGAGACACAUUGAAAAAACGCGAGCCCGUUUUCGAAUACAAGUUCAAAUGGACCAAGGAGGUCGGCGAUUCGUUUCGAGGAGAAUCUAGAGAGGAGGAGCAGGUCACACUUGUAUUAUGGGAAUCCCCGGCGACG